CAAGUUUAAUAAGCAACGAAACUUAAUAGGAGGCUUGACUUGGGCAGCCACAGGACAGCGGUGAUCUCUGCACGCACCUGACAGCAUCUUGAGUUUAUACAGAGGCCUUAAGGGAAUUUCAGGCAAAAAACUGUCCCGAUGGUUUCAAUAGCACAUUACUCUCCCAAGUCAAUGUGCUUUAAGUGGCUCCCGGUACAGGAGCAGUGGGCAGAAGGUACAUUUCGAAGGCAGGGGAAGAGGUAAGGAGCUUCUCUGCCUGGGGCCAGCCCACGGUCACAUACUCUCCUGAUCUCCAAAGCUCCCCACACUUAACUUUGUUAGGUGGUCCUGAUUCUGUUUAAAUGAAAGAUAUGCUGCACCUAGAGAACCUCAAGAGGAGUUAGGGAAGGCUAUGAAAAGGCAGGUGCCUUCCUCCUGUGGAACGCGGGACAAGGAACGCCGCAGGUCUCGCACAGCAGUCCCAGAAGACGACUUCCAGAGGGCGUGGCGUCCGUAGGAAGGGCGUGCGACCACUGCAGGACCCCGCCUCCGGAAGGCGCCGCACUGGGCUUCCGGGGUCGCGCGGGUCUCUCUAGGCACUUCCGCUCCAGCCUCCAGUCGGCCUGCCGCGCGGGAAGCCACGCCUGUUUGUUGCGCUCUUCCGCCCAGUGUCUGCGGGCCACGACAGCAGCAUGGCUGGUGCCGAGUUGCGGGCGGCGCUGGAUGAGCGGCUCGGCGCCCUGGCCAUCCGCACAGAGGUCGUGGAGCACCCGGAGGUGUUUACAGUUGAAGAAAUGAUGCCUCAUAUCCAGCAUUUGAAAGGAGCACAUAGUAAGAACUUAUUCCUUAAAGACAAGAAGAAAAAAGGCUAUUGGCUGGUGACAGUUCUUCAUGAUAGACAAGUUAAUUUAAAUGAUCUUGCUAAGCAGUUAGGCGUUGGGAGUGGAAAUCUUCGGUUUGCUGAUGAAACAGCCAUGCUAGAAAAACUAAAAGUUGGCCAAGGCUGUGCCACACCUUUGGCACUCUUCUGUGAUGAUGGAGAUGUGAAAUUUGUUCUGGAUUCUGCUUUUCUGGAAGGUGGACAUGAAAAGGUGUACUUUCAUCCAAUGACCAAUGCUGCAACCAUGGGAUUGAGCCCUGAAGACUUUCUCACAUUUGUGAAGAAGACAGGACAUGAUCCCAUAAUACUAAAUUUUGAUAAAAACUAAUUGGACUGAUAUUUAGAAUAUACUUCUUUCUGAAAGUUGUUUUUCUUAUUUUUUAUUUAUAGAAAGCAUUAAAAGUGAUAAGAAUAUUUA